CUGUGCUAUUUGCUAGGAAUAUACACAUGAAAAGACCUGAUCCCUGCCCACCAUUUAACCAGGAGGUGUCUGGAUGGCAGAUCGUCAACCUUCUCUUUCUUGAGUUGUCUGCUCUGCCAUUAUCUUCCACUCAAUUUUGCUUCAUCUUGUGAUUCAUUGAUAGAAAGUGAAGUGAAGUCAAUUAAAAUCCCCUCAACACAGUGCAAUUAUACAUUAAGGAUUGUAAUAUAAAAAGCAUCACAUAAAAUGAGAAGGAUCGUCCAAGGCUAAGUUUAUUCAAUCUCUCCUCUAAUUGUAUCAGGACUUUGCCAAAUGAUGUUCUUCAACAUCUGAAAGAGAAAUGCCUAAAAGAGCUUCCAGGAUUACUUUUUAACAAAACCCUAAAAGGAAUUACAUUUGUCUGCACCUGUGAAUUCAUUAAGGGCUCCCCCAUAUCACUAAACAACAGUGCUUGUGCAGAAAUGUUGAAAAGCUGUGGAAAUACAUCAGUGGCCACUUCAAUAGGAAUUUCCCUUCUUUUCCUCUUGUUGAUCUGUGGAAUUGGGUGUGUUUGGUGUUGGAAACAUGCUAAUCCAGUGCAGUUUACCUUGCCAAGGGUCUUGCAAAGGAGAAGCAGCAGGAGAAAAGACUAUACUAAGACACUCUCAAGUCUCCUCGCUAUCAGCUCAAGGAAUAAAAUCUCAUUUCAGAACCAAGACUGCAGAUCUUCUGGGAGAGGGACUAACACACAUGGCAGCUAUGAAAAUGUGGAAAGUGCUGCUCCCAAACCUAAAGAAGAAACUGAUAAAGAACUAUAUGAGAACACUCAGCAGACCAGUUUCGAGGAGCAUAUCUAUGGAAAUGAGAUGCCAUUCCAAUAUUAUAACUUCCAGAAGCCUAGUACUUCUGAAGUCUCUCAAGAUGAAAACAUAUACAUUCUUCCAGAUUCAUAA